AUGGCUUCUCUUGCUGCUGUAAAUGCAGAAUUUUGCUUCAAUCUAUUCCGAGAGAUGGAUAACAACCAAGGAAAUGGAAAUGUCUUCUUUUCCUCUCUGAGCAUCUUCACUGCCCUGGCCGUUGUCCGCCUGGGUGCACGAGGUGACGGUGCUGCUCAGAUGGAUAAGGUACUUCAUACCAAUUCCAUGUCAGGACAUGGAAACUCUUCUAAUACUCAGCCAGGACUCCAAUUUCAACUGAAAAGAAUUCUCUCCGAUAUAAACACAUUCCAUAAGGAAUAUGAACUCAGCAUCGCCAGUGGUCUUUUUGCAGAAAAAAUGUUUGACUUUCAUGAGGAAUAUAUUAGGUGUGCUGAAAAACUAUACAAUGCCAAAGUGGAACGAGUUGACUUUACAAAUGCUGUUGAAGAUGCCAGAUAUAAAAUUAAUAACUGGGUUAAAAAUGAGACACAUGGCAAGAUCAAGAACAUCAUUAGUGAAGGUAGCAUCAGUUCGUCGGUGGUCAUGGUGCUGGUGAACGCUGUGUACUUCAAAGGCAAGUGGGAGUCGGCCUUCCUCAAGAGUGACACUAGGCACUGCCGUUUCAAAUCUCCCAAGUGUCCUGGGAAAGCAGUUGAGAUGAUGUACCAAGAACGGAUGUUCAAUAUGUCUGUCAUUCAGGACCCGCGUAUGCAAGUUCUUGAACUCAGAUAUCAGGGAGGCAUAAGCAUGUACAUCAUGCUGCCUCAGAGUGAAAACCUCUCCGAAAUUGAAAACCAACUGACCUUCGAAAAUUUAAUGAAAUGGACCAGCCCCAAAAAAAUGAAUCACCGGUAUGUCAAGGUGUUUCUUCCUCAGUUCAAGAUAGAGAAGAAAUACGAAAUUAAACGUUAUUUACAAGCCCUGGGGCUGAGAGAUAUCUUUGAUGAAACCAGAGCUGAUUUCUCUGGCAUAGCUUCAGGAGGUCGUUUAUCUUUGUCAAAACUGAUGCACGAGUCGUACAUAGAAGUUAACGAGGACGGCACAGAGGCGGCUGCUGUCUCAGAAAACACCAUCGUAGAAAAGCAACUCCCUGAGUCUACCCUGUUCAAGGCUGAUCACCCAUUCUUAUUUGUCAUCAGGAAGAAUGACAUCAUCUUGUUUAGUGGCAAAGUCUCUUGCCCUUGA